GCUUAAUACCACCAUGUCGCGCUCACUCAGAACACGCUCUAUCCGUUCACAACAACCUAGCGACACUACUGCAGACUUGAAGUUGGAUUACAAGUCUCACGAGGACCAACCACUACAAAAUAUCGGCUCUAAUGCCGUUCGUCCGAGACGCCGAGGAAGAGUACCAAUCGGAGCACUGGGAGAAAAGUUAAAAUUGAAGGCCAGAGCUCUCAGUCCACUACCUCCAUCCUCUCCAACACGCUCUUCAUCCCCGAGAUUAGAAGCAGGACCGGAAUCGGACUCUUUGCCUAUCGCUACUUCUGACGACUUUCACGAAUUCACGACACAGAACACACAAUUUGGAUAUAAGGUGGAGGAUCACGACCAGGGGCGUUAUUUAGAUUUCUCCCCCCGGUGCUAUGGCGAGCAGGGUGCUAUAUUCGAAUCGCCUCCAUCGAAUCGCAAGAGUGGGAGCGAUCCUUUUGGGUUCUUUGCCGUUGAGCAGACGCUCAAGGCGGAAAGGCAGGAGCAACCACUGCCUCAUCCCACGGUGGACCGUAAUGACCAUGCUCCUUUCACACCCCUUCGACAGAAGCUUUAUUCAGCGGCUAUAUCUGAUGCACCCAGAACAUCGGGAUCAUUACCAAGCACACCAUCACCCGCCAAACCCGAAGCUUCGGGAAGCCGCAAACGGAAGUCAUCCGACGACUCUGAUGCGGAAAUUUCACAAAUUCAAGAAGACCUAUUGAAUGGUGACGACGUAGAGAGUCAAAGCGAGGAGGUUAAGGUGCGAGGAGGAAAGCAAAAGCAGAAUAAACCGCGGGAAAGCAUCGAUCCGGAUAAAUUGGCAAGGGAAUGGAAGGCAUCGUUACCGAAAAGACGCGUCCGUCGACGUACUCAGCGUGGUCAGAAGGAGGACCCGGAUAAAGAAGAGAGUGACAGGAAGGCAACGAGGAGGCGGCGAACAAAGCCAGAGUCGAAGACGAAGACGAGACCAAAGAAGGAGGAGCAUGAGGCAGUUAAUGUUGAUGUUGACGAGAAGUUCGUCGAGGAACGCAAGACGCGUUUAGAAUUCUUCAAGAAGUUGGAAGGCUACGAGAUUCACAAGGAAAAUGUAUAUAUCAUUUAAUUCUUGAAUAGGAAGCGGUUGGUGGCAUCAUUGGUCCUGCGUUUUCAGUGGUUAACUGAAGCACGACAGGUGUGAGGAGCAUGCAUAAUACU